CCUAAAAACUUUCUUUCAGAGCAGACACAAACACAGAGAGGCUUUAAGCCAGAGUUUGUUGUUGUGCUGAACAAGCAUGGAUUUAAUGGAAUUGUUUUUCAUUUCUCUUGGUACUGUGGUUGUUGUCUACUAUGGAGUGAAACUGCUGCUUUUCAGUAGGAUGCUUUUUCCAAGAAUGUGGUUUCCACUGUCGAAGUCCUUUUUCAGCUCUAUGGGAGAGUGGGCAGUGGUGACUGGCUCUUCAGAAGGCAUCGGAAGAGCAUAUGCAUUUGUGCUAGCUGAGCAAGGAAUGAAUGUGGUAAUCAUGAGUAGAACCAAAGUCAAAUUGGACCAGGUGGCCAAGGAAAUAGGUGACACCACAGGGCAGAGGGUGAAAGUGAUAGUAACAGACUUUACAAAGGAAAACAUCUUCAGUGAAAUUGAGGAACAGCUUAGGGACCUCAACAUUGGGGUUUUAGUCAAUAAUGUAGGCAUCCUGCCCAGCUUCAUCCCCUGCAAAUUCCUUGAGUCUGUAGAGCUGGACCAGACAAUUACAAAUGUGAUAAACUGCAAUGUGAAAACUAUGACCAAGAUGUGCAAAAUAAUCCUUCCAGGCAUGGAGAACAGGGGAAAAGGGGUGAUUGUGAAUAUUUCGUCUGGAGUUGCCUCUAUUCCAUUUCCCCUGUACACCCUGUAUGCUGCAUCUAAGGUGUUUGUGGAAAGAUUUUCUCGAGGUCUUCAAGCUGAAUACAAAGAUAAAGGGAUUAUUAUACAGGCAGUGGCUCCAUUUGGAGUCUCCACUCGAAUGGCAGCUUACCAACAGACCAACAUAGUGACUCUGUCACCAGAAGACUUCGUAAAAAGCUCCCUGCAGUACCUCAGAGCUGGAGACAAAACACAUGGCAGUGUCUGUCACACAGUUCUGGGCAGGUUACUGCAGUCUAUUCCUCUCAAGGUUCUCUAUGCAGACUCUAUGCUACACAGCCUACAAGACUAUGUCAAAAAUAAAGCAGCACAGAAGAUAUCCAUCUCUGCAACAAGAGCAACUUUUGAAAACGCUCAGAAUAAAUAACCAGAUACAGCAAUGUAAAGACAUUUGGCUUGAAUACUGAAUUCAGUUUUUGAAUAUGUUUUCUGUUUCUGAAAGUAAAUGAUUAUUAAUAGUUACUGUACAGUGGUACUUUUUGUUUGUAUAUUGUGCUACAUUGUGAAUAAGCAACCCUCAGGAAAGUACCUUUAUUAAUGGUAUCAAGUUCUUCAGUUCUUAAUAUUUAGAGGGAUUGAGACAUCAGUUUUUUGUUCUUUAAAAAAAAGAAAACUUCCCUGGCACAGUGUUUAUCCCUCUUUACAUCUCUGCUUUAGCUAUUCCAAACAUACACUCAGUGUCCACUAUAUUAGGUACACCUGCACAAUCUAAUGCGAUCCAAUACAACUGUGCUGCAAUAAAGUCUACUUUUAUGAAGCCUACAAUGUUCCAUUUUUUUACACUGUCAGAGAGGUGUUAAUUUAAUAUCUUUUAGCAUUAAACUCAUAGUCAUACUGUUGUUGUGGUGUUGUACUGAACUGCAUUAUACUGAAAUGUGUUUCUAAUAUUCUGACCCUGCUCAUAUAUGUAAAUAGGGAGGACAAAAAAUUAGAAACACCUCUCAAUAUAAUGUAGUCCGAGUUAACGAUGACCUCAGUAAUAAACAUAUAAUUGAAUUUACACAGUGUAGAUAAAAACAUUAUGAGCUUCGUAACAGUAGAAUUUAUGACAGAGCUGUUGUACUGAAUUUCAAUAGAUUGUACAGGUGUACCUAAUAAAGUGGCCACUGAGUGUACAUUUAUUACCAUUCAUGGGCAUCAUGCCCCCAAGGGGGCACAGUUUCACAACUCUGUGGCAGUAAUGUGCAAGUUUCCCUCAAAUUUUAUUUGAUCUUAUUUACUUGUCAUUUUUAUCAAUACAUCUGCUCCAUUUUAUUGUAUGAGUUGACAUUAAUAGACUUAUUUUGAUACAAUUUGUUGGUAUUUGUGAAUAUUUCCUUGAAUAUAUUUCAAUGUAAAUGUUAAGUAAGUAAAAAAAUAUCAGUUAUAAUGCACCUGCAGUUAUUCAUGAAAUAUUUUUGAUGCUGAUAAAACCAUUUUUCAGUGGUGA